CUGGCCUCUCAAGAAGAAAGUGUCAGAAGUUGUACUGAACAAAGGACGGCUAAGAAAAUGUGUGUUUUCACACCUCCUCCUGGCCCUCCUCAUGGUAGUGAAGAUGGUUCCGGACUUUCUCGACAGACUGGACAUAUUCGUUCUCGAAAUUGAAGAAUUAGAAGUUCCGCAGCCUCUCAAAUGGGAAUACGUUUGGCUUGUCGGAUCCCUUGCCAGUUUCCUUGGCCUGAUGGCUAUAAGAAAAAAUAGAGUAUUACUUCUACAGAUAUACUUUGGUCUUAUCAACCUCUUCUCAACGGUGCCCAUUCUCUUGGCUGCCAUGAUCUAUUUCUCCGAAUUCCUUAAAUACUGCACUGAGGAGGAACCUGCAGGUCUACAGCUGUGGCAGGGAUAUCCUGUUGCUGUCCUAUGGUACAGCUUCAUCAUGAUUGCAAUGCAAGUCCAUAUCUUCACCCUCAUUUUCGCAUGGAAGCUCAUUCUGGCAUGGAAGAACCGUGGAGCAGCAAAGAAGGGGCAGUAGAUCGACAAAUCAAAAUCACAAAUUGCUAUACAACCCGAGAUUACAUAAGCAAGCAAUAUUGCCAUUAUUGAUGCUUCUGUAAUUCCUUGUCUUUACAUUGUGGGCUGCUCAUACCACAGUCUAUGUAUCCUAAAUUAAUUUUUCUGAGUGGAUACCACUGUGUUGUAUUAGCAGACAAACAACCGAAUGGAUUCAUAUGCAAUUUUGUUUUUGUUUUACUCUCCUUUUUAUGUAAAUGUGUAACCUUGGUUCAUGGAAAAGUGAUAAUGUUUUAAAAAUGCAUCUGGUAUUGGGAUAUAAUCCUUUUUUCAUAUAAUUUUUGGGUUAUAUUUAUUUUAUUUUCCUUUAUACAUUUUGAUGUUUUAGAAGAAAAAAAUAUUACAUUUGUUUCUUAUUGCUCUUUACUACAACAGUUGUUUAGGAGACAGUCAGAUUUAUAAUUGUAAUUCUGAAGGCAAUUAGUAAAUAUAACAUGAAUAAUAACAGUAAAAAAAAAGGGACAAGUUGUGACUUCAGUCCCGAAUUGUACAUUUGGAUAUGCAUUUGUUCAUCUGAAUAAUGUACAGCUGACUGAACAUCAAUUGCAGUAAAGGCAACUUCACUGGAAGGUUAUUUUGUCAUUGGGCUUUUUUUUCUUUAUCAUUAUGCUUUUGUUUACUUUUUUUUUUCUUUCUUACUCUUUUAUUUAAUAAAUAUAUAGAUAUGUAUUUCUUUCCUCCAGUUUUCAUUAUAUGAUUUUUUUUCUUAUGCUGUUAUUUUUUAGAAUUAAAAGUUGCUAUUAUACUCUAUUGAAAUGUUGAUUGUUCAAGUGCUUUGGUCUGUUAAAUAUAAAAAAAUAUAAAAACUUUUUUUUUUCGAAUUUGAGAGUAUGAGGAAGCUGCACAGGGUAAAAUGUUGCAGAAGGAAGUGUUGAACGUUUUAAAAAUUGUGGUUGUAGAAUAGCAUUCAUAUGAUGAGAACUCGUAGUUUUAUAUCAGAAAGAAAAGUGACAUUUCCGUGAUAUUUUUGCAAUGAUGCUUCACCUGAACAAAAUACCCAGUGUAGCUUUUUUCAGAUGUUUCACAAUUUCCUCACCUUGUUAUUGUUAUCUUGAUGGUUGUUAAUUUUCAUAUAUAUUUCCUUGUUAUUACAUUUCAAAACAUAUCAUUAUUUUAUUUUUAUUUUUUUCCCCCCAUUAGCUUAAUUGUAACAUCUCUUCAUGGCAGUAAAAAUCCAUCAUCUAAACUGGACUUUAUUUGUGCUCUUUCACUGUGAAUAUCUUUCAUGCCCGUCCUCUUCGCACACGAGACGACAGAGGGAGGAUUUCAUUAAUAACAUAUAAAAGAGAA